CUACAAAUGUAAACACGUUUAUGCAUCUAUCCUAACCUACCUUUUAAAUGUUAAAAUUUAGUAAUUUAUUUAAGAACCUAAAAGCCAUCACAUAUACCGCUUCCGAAAUGAGUACGAAUGCUGCCAUGAUUAUAAAAAAGCCAAAAUAUGAUGGUCGCACAAAGAAAAGGAAAUGGGAGGACCGAAGGUCCGACAAAGGUGCAGGUCUCUACUCGGAGAAGAAGAUUUGCGAAGAACCCUUUGUACGUAUUAAAAGAAGAAAAUAUGUAAUGCUGUUAGGUUAUUCGGGAGUAAAUUACUUUGGCAUGCAGCGAAAUCCCUCGAUGCCAACAAUUGAGGAAGACUUGUUUAACGCUCUAUUAAAGGCUGAUUUAAUCACUCAAGAAGCCUUUGACCAAAUUCAAACCGUGCAAUUUCAACGUGCAGCCAGAACUGAUAAAGGAGUGUCAGCAGCGCGUCAGGUAGUUUCCAUAAAAUUACCGGAAGAAGUGAGUGUAGCGAAAAUAAAUGAGUUUUUACCUGACCAGAUUCGUGUAUUUGGUGUGAAACGUGUCACGAAAGGUUUUAAUAGUAAAUCACAAUGUGAUGCAAGAACCUACACAUAUAUGAUGCCUACGGUUGCAUUUGCCAAAUGUGACACUGAAGCUGAUCAGGAAACAUUUCGUUUGUGGGAAGGCGCAUUAAGUGAGAUAAAUGACGUCUUAAGCAAUUUUAAAGGAACUAAAAACUUUCAUAAUUUUACCUGUAAGAAGCAGUAUCAAGAUCCAAGUGUCAAAAGGUACAUAGUUUCAUUUGAAUGUGAAUCGCCAAUAAUACGGAAAGGAGUCGAAUUUGUUGUUCUCAAGGUUAAAGGGCAAAGCUUUAUGUUGCAUCAAAUAAGAAAAAUGGUGUCCAUUGUCAUAGCAAUAGUCAAGGGAUGUAUCCCACUUACCACACUUAGUAAAGCUUUGAGUGAGGAAAAAGUUAACAUUCCUAGAGCACCCGGAUUAGGAUUAGUCCUUGAUUUUGUUCAUUAUGAUAACUACAAUUAUCGUUACGGUACUGAUGGCAUUCACGAGGUUUUGGAGUGGAAGGAAGUUGAAUCGGACGUUGAUGAUUUUAAGGAAAAAUAUAUUUAUCCAACAAUUGUAGAUACGGAAACAAGUGAAAAACCGAUGCUUUUAUGGCUUAGUGAGCGUCUUACUAGACAUCGAUUUGACCAAUUGGAUGAUGAUGGUAAAGGCAGCGGAGAUGAAGAAAAUAGUGAUGAUGAUGAAGACACAAAAGAUGAAAAAAAUGACCCAAAAAGUGUAACAGAAACAGACCGAGGCAUAGUGUAAUUUUAAUAAAUGUUUAUAUUAGUCUUUU